CAAGAAAACCCUCGAAAGGGGUGGCUUUGGAAAUGAAUCCAAAGGGCAAACAAAGGCAAAACCAGUUUCUGGAGAGAUCCAGGGCGAGGCCAGCUGGGCUGGUGUGGUGCCAACAUCCCAGUCGAGAGGGAUUUCCCGGCCUCUUUCACGUGAUCUCCGAAGGAGGAACCGGGACAUAUAAGAGCACAAGGAGUGCCAAGGGGAAAAUGAUAUAACACUUUCUCCUCUACGAGAGAAGGCAUCCGGUGUGGGGCAACAUGGAUCUCCUCUCCUUCCUUUCCCCCCAAACCUGGGUGUUUCUGGGGGUCUUCUUGGUCCUCCUGAUGCUCUAUGGGAUCUGGCCCUACAAUUUCUUCAAGAAGCUGGGCAUUCCUGGUCCGAGGCCUUUGCCUUUCAUCGGCACUUUCCUCGAAUACCGGAAAGGGGUCCUUGAUUUCGACGAGAUGUGUCACAAGAAGUAUGGCAAGAUCUGGGGAUUUUUUGACGGCCGCGAACCAGUGAUGGCUAUCCUGGACCCUGUCAUCAUUAAAACCAUCCUGGUGAAGGAAUGCUACACUCAUUUCACCAACCGCCGGGACUUUGGCCUGAAUGGAGACUUUGAUUCAUCCAUACUGACAGUUCAAGAUGAACAGUGGAAGCGGAUCCGCACGGUUCUCUCUCCCAACUUCACCAGCGGGAGACUCAAAGAAAUGUUUCCCAUUAUCAACCAUUAUGGGGAGAUGUUGGUGAAGAACAUCCAGAAGAAAGUGGAAAAUGGGGAAUACAUAGACACUAAGGAUAUCUUUGGGGCCUACAGUAUGGACGUGAUCACCAGCACUUCAUUCAGCAUCGACAUAGACUCCAUAAACAACCCCAACGAUCCUUUUGUCACAAACAUAAAGAAGAUAGUCAAGUUCAACUUUGUGAAUCCACUGCUAGUCCUCAUUGUCAUCUUUCCAUUUCUCACACCAGUGCUGGAGGCACUAAAUUUCAGCUUGACACCCACUUCCGUCACCAACUUUAUCAAAGAGUCUAUCAAGAAACUCAAGAAGGACCGACAAAAGAACCUUCAUAAGGACCGGGUUGACUUUCUGCAGCUCAUGGUAGACUCCCAAAUUUCAGGUGAAAUCCUCGAUGACUCAAAAUCAUAUAAAGCUCUCAAUGAUAAAGAAAUUUUGACCCAGGCCAUUAUCUUUGUCUUUGCUGGCUACGAGACCACCAGCAGCACCCUCAGCUACAUGGCUUACUGCCUGGCCACCCACCCAGAUGUGCAGCAAAAGCUUCAGGAGGAAAUCGAUGAAGCCCUUCCCAACCAGGCAACUCCUGUCUAUGAGGUUCUCCUUCAAAUGGAGUAUCUUGACAUGGUCAUCAACGAAACCCUGAGACUCUACCCUCCAGGAGGGCGGAUUGAAAGGGUUUGCAAAACCACCGUGGAGAUCAAUGGCGUGACCAUCCCAAAGGGCACCGUUACCAUGAUUCCUGCAUUUGUUCUCCACCGGGAUCCAGAGUUCUGGCCGGAACCAGAAGAAUUCAGGCCGGAGAGGUUUAGUAAAGAGAAUAAGGAAACCCUUGAUCCGUACACUUUCCUUCCUUUUGGAGCGGGUCCCAGGAAUUGCAUCGGGAUGCGUUUUGCUCUUCUCUCCUUGAAAGUCGCCAUGAUCGUCCUGCUGCAGAGAUUCUCCUUCCGAACCUGUGAAGAAACCCCGAUCCCUUUGGAGCUGCAGAGCCAGGGUUUCAUGACACCGAAAAAACCCAUCCGACUGAAGUUCGUUCCCAGAGUUAUGGCCGAGUCUAAGGAAUGAAAAUCAAUAUAUCCCAGAGUUGUUGCUUACCCACUCGCUUUUGCGUCAGAUGGAACUGAAGGAAGCGGAUUGUUGACAAAAAUGUUUCGAUUUGUACACAAGCACACUUCCUUUUUUUAAUUUUUUUUAAUUAAUUUAUCAAUCAAAAUGUAUAAGUUUACGUUUUCCUCGUUUUACAAUAUCUUAAACAUAUCAUGUUGUAUACAAUCAGACAGUAAAAAAUCAAAACAUCUUUAAACAUAUUUCUUAUCAGUUUUAGAUUCUGCACACAUCUAAUUACAGUAGAGUCUAACUUAUCCAAGCCAAACGGGAGAACCUUGGAUAAGCGAAUAUGUUGGAUAAUAAGGAGGGAUUAAGGAAAAGCCUAUUAAACAUCAAAUUAGGUUAUGAUUUUACAAAUGAAGCACCAAAAACAUCACAUUUUACAACAAAUUGGCAGAAAAAGGAGUCCAAAAAACAGUAACGUUACUGUAUUUAUGAAUUUAGCACUGAAACAUCACGAUAUAUUGAAAACAUUGUCUUAAAAAGCAUUGGCUACUAACAAAUUGACUACAAAUAAAGAUAGAAUUGCAUAAAAUGAACUAUACAGUAGCAACAUUGUUAGAAAUUAAAUCCAUAAAAAAUGCAAUCCUUGCUGUCUAGAGAAACAACUGUGGAUCAGGGCGGGAGGCAAACUGCGUUGGAUAAUCCAGAACGUUGGAUAAGCAAAUGUUGGAUAAGUGAGACUCUACUGUACUAACCAUAUACAUUUCUGUUGAGCCUCGAUCUGUUUCUGCUGUCUAGACCCGUCCCAUUGGCGGCAAUGGAGAACUUACAAGGCUCCGCUUUCCUUCAUUUCUGGAGCAUCCGACUUAAGAUUGGGUUAAGGAAACAUCCUUCCUGGGAUCCUUUGCCUUCUAGCAUCUGCCUGUUUCGGGUAUAAAAAAAUGACAUUUAGCCACUUUCUGUUAUAACUAUCGGACCAAAACAAACACCCAGAAUUAGCCGGAGAAAACCGACCAACCCGAAUCCAUGCACAAGCCUACUACGUACAGAUAAGCCCUACUGAGUUACAAAGCCCUUAUAUCCAGAUACCCUUAUGUGGAACAAAAGUCUUAUUUUCUUCAGAAUAAGCUCAUGUGGGAUCAAUAUUAAAGCAAAAAUGCCAAUAA